AUGUGUCAUGUCACACGCGCAUGUGCUAAGAACCCAGGUAUAAAGAUUUAAUAACCUCACGUGUAACAAUUUUUAGUUUAUUCUCAAAUUGGGAAUAAAGAAUAAGUCGGAAUUUGCAUUCAUUAUUGGAAAUUACUUCUUUAUACCUCAAAAGUUGGUGUCGAUAAAUAUUCGUGAUAGUACACUUGAGUGUUAAUUAGUUAGACCGAAAAAUCUGUACACUUUCCCACCAUAACCUCAAAACUGUGUUUUAAACUAAAUAAAGAGUAAUAUUACGUGAAAUUGGUGAAUACCGGUUAAAAAACUGUUAAUAUUACUCAGUUAAAUAAGUGUUUGUCAACAUGCCGGCGUGUUUUUAAGGAAUACUGCAACAGUCUUCUUAAUACGUAAGAGCAUAUUGAUUUAAGGUUAUGGAUAUAUUUCAGAUGCACAUUGGAGAGGAUUUCUCCACAUUUGAUUCUGAAAAUUUUCUGGAUCCUUAUCCAUACGAGGGAACUACAACUGAUUCUACACAAAGUUUUACCCCAGAAAAUUAUGAGUGGAAUUCGGAAAAAGAACUAGAGAUAAAUGGGGAUAUUGCUCUUGUUCCAGUAUGUGAUAUGAAUGUAACAAUUGAUACCUCACAAAAUGUAGAUGAUUUUUACAAAGUAUUGACUGAUUUGCAGCAAUUGAUUAAUGUUGAUCCCAUCUCAGACUUCACUAUAGAACCAUUGAUUAAUUCAAGAGAUGAAGCCGAAACUGAUUUAAUCGACGAGAAAGUAGAUAUAUUGAAUACUAGCAAUUUCGAUAUAGCAGAAUAUCUAAAUGAUGACGAACCGGAACCUACACCUCCUGUAUCUACUAAAUCUUCGUCUACCACAAAUAACGCUUCUAAAACAAAUCCGUCGAAACCCUCAUCAGCUUGCAGAAAAUUCAAAGCUGGUGUUAAAAAGAUAGAUCUUCAAGCGCAAAAAUAUAUAAUAGAUGAAGAAGAAGAUGAAGUAGAUGUUGAAACUUUAUCAGAAUGCGAAGAAAAUUCACCUGUAUUGGAAGCUAAAGAUGUAGACAGUCUUUUUGAACAAUUCGAAGCUACACAGAUGCAUAAUUACCCUGAGUAUUUCAUUAAAUCCGAACGGGUUAUUAGUGAAAAAUUUCCAAGUGAUAUUUUUGAGGAACCGUCUGUAAAGAAAAUAAAAGAAAAGAAACAAGAAACUAUUGUGAAAAAGGAAAUAAUUGAAAUUGAACCCAACGUCAAAUGUGAAUUAAUUGAAACUGAACAGCACAAAGUCAAACAAGAAUUAAUCGAACAACAGAAAGUUAUACCUCAAGAUCAUGAAUAUGGCUUUGAAAAAAGGGACAAUAGCAACAAUCAAAAGAGAAAACGUAAAAGGCAAAAACAUUCAAAUGAAAAAGAGGAGGAGACCAGAGAGAACAAAAAGAAAAAAAUAAUAUCUUCUAUAGAAAUUAAAGAGGAAAAUGCUCCAGUUCAUCCACCACAAAUCUCCUCUCCUAAAACUGAUAUCGAAAUCAGUCAAACUGUCAAAAAUAUCCCAAAACUUUGUUCGGUUACUAAAAUGGUAUCAAAACCUACUGAAAUCAAUCAAGAGAAAACUCAAAAACUAUUGGAAACGUAUCCUAACUCAGAAUCCUCCGUCACUACAAGGAAACCUACUCAAAUUGUACAUAUCGAGCAGAAACCCAUCCAUACUGUUCAAAAACUCAACGAAACUGCACCAAGAAGCCCCAACGUUACUGUACCAAACAAACAAAUUGCUGAUUCACUACCUCCGGAACUGAUUGCUCGUAUCAAAGAAUCUGGUAAAAGAAAGACUAUAUCUGUGAUAGAUCCUAUACCUGCGAGAAAACGGGGAUAUCCUCGUCCACACGACAUUAGCAAUCAACAAUCUAAAAAGAAGAUAAAUAAUAGUGUACAAACGACAGUUGACGCAAUCCAUUUAGACCAUACUUAUUGCAGUGUUGGUUUAGCUCAAUACCCGAAAAAUCCAAAGAAAGAUUCCGGCUUCGAAUCUGCAGAAGAAGACGAUAGAACUGUGAUUGGAACACAACCUACAGUCAAAAAUGCAGAUGGAAAAUUAAUGGUGUCUCUAUUAAAGGUAAACACAAUCCAUCCAAACAAAGUCAACAGUCAAAAGAAGAAAUUGAACCUGGAAGAAUACAAGAAACGACGUGAAGGUGUUUUAAUAAAAUCAAGUUCAUUGAAUGGCUCAGCAAAUAGUAGCGCAAGUAGUUCACCAAUGCACGAAGACGAAACCACUAGACUUUUGAAACAUCAAGAAAAAUUAAAAAGAAUGGCUAAGGAAGUCCUUAAUGCUCAAGCAAAAGGAGAUAAAAAGCCGGAAUCUGUUUCAAUGGUAAUCGUACCUCCGCAACCAGUACAAGUACCUGUCGAUAUGAUAAAAAAGACAUUAGUUAGUAUAGGCGUUAACACUGAUUUUAAGAGUUGCAGCAAAAACAUCGAUCCGUUGGCUCCUGUUGAAAGGCUCGACGAAAUCAAACCGUUAUUACAAAAAGUUAGCGACAAAAUCAACGUCAAUUCACUAAUAACUUCUGUCAUCGAAAAUAUUCCCAAAGUUAUCGACAGUUGCGAUCAAAAUCGUCAGGUAAUGACAGCGAUUAAAGAUAAAUCAGAACAUGGCGAAGACAAAACUAUUAUAUAUUUACCGAAAAAUCGGGAAACAAGAAAGACGUGCUCCGUAGAGUGCCAAACUAAUAUUUCGCUUAUACUACAGACAAAGGAAAGCAGAUAUAGAAGAAGGAAAGAAUCUUGUUCUUCGACUUCUUCUAUUUCAUCGGAAGAUAGUAGAAUGAGCAAUGGACUUCCUCAUCGCUAUGAUAGAACAAGAAUUUCAACAGACUCCAGAUCCAGUUCAAUAUCAAAAAGUUCCAGAAGCUACAAAUCUGAUUAUUCAACAUCCAGCUAUUCUUCGAGGUCUUCCUCACGUUCUCUAUCUCCGUCUUCUUCUCCUAAAUAUUCUAGAAGAGAGAAAGAACGGUUGAAGGAAGUAGAGGAACGUAGAGUUAUCUAUGUAGGUCGAGUGGCCUCGGGUACCACUAAAGACGAUUUGAGAAAAAGAUUCCAACGAUUCGGACCUAUCACUAAUAUCAGCUUGCAUUCAAGGAAUCAUAGCUAUUUCAGGGACAAUUAUGGAUUUGUUACUUUUGCAAAUAAAUUAGAUGCUUAUGAAGCCAUAGAACAUGGAAACGAUGAUCCUUGGCAACCGAAAUAUGAUUUGAGCUUUGGUGGUAGAAGAAUCUUUUGCCAGACCACCUAUUCUGAUUUAGAUAACAUGCGCGAGGAAAGUUGUGGAUAUUAUUCGAGGGGAUCUGCAGAUGAUUCUUUCGAUAAAUUAUUGAGGGAAGCUCAAGAAAAGAUGCGUAAACGCAAAGCUUGACGAUUGUUUUUCGUGACUGUAGUAAUAAUUUGUAUAUUUGUAUAUAGAACAAUUUUCAAUUUCAAUAAUCGGGUUUAUUAUCUAUUUUUUUUUUUCAUCUUAUAAAAAUAUGUGAUUAAGAUAAAAUCCUCAAAAAAAUCAUGACAUAUUUUGGACCUUUAUAUGUACUUUUUCUAUGUUAAUUGUUCUGACGUUACUUUUUUUUCUUUAGUUACAUUUUCCCCUACUUUGGGCUGUGUAUUUUGUAUUAAAGAUAAAUAAACAAAUAGCUAAAAAGUC